UUACAGUAGAAUAUAUUUUAUAUUUAUCCUUUGUCGAGGAUAUUCACUUUUACAGCGAGUUGGCAGUCCCUCUUCCAAAAGCACGCGAUCUACUCGAAUUCAGGUGUCAAAUUUCUAAAAAUUGAAAAUAUAAAGCGGAACGAUGGCGAUUAGCCUGGAGGAAUGGUCCGAUUGGAAUCCCAUGUCCCAGGACUUCAAUAAUGAAUAUAUUAACGAUCAGUGGCAGAAUAUGAUCGAGGAGGAGCCUGCCCCUGUCAGGGCGCAGUCUUUUUCAUUCAAGGACACCAUCGAGGCGAGAAAAAAGGCCCGCAGCGAGAAGCAGCAGAAAUACCCAUAUCUGGUGGUGAAGAAAAUCUCAGAAUUUGUUACGGAAAAUAUGCUUACAUGUUUCUUUGGGAGAGAUCUAAUCCAGGACAUGGAAUAUCGCCCAAUGUCGCGAAUUUUCUUUGUCUACUUUAAGAACAUCGGUUCGUUCGAGGCAGCGCAAACGAAAGUGGAGCUCAACCCAUCCUUGAUCACUUGCCAACGCGGUCGCCACAGGCCGCCCCCGGAGAAAAACGACAAUAUACCAGCUGCAGCUGCAGAUCCGGGUCCGAAUCCCUCAAUCACUGAGCGAACCGAAGUGAAUCUCUCGUUGCGAAUGAUAUGCACCUCAACUGGCUGUCAAAAACAUCCGAUCUUUAUUCAGCCUCCGUUACUGACGAAGGCGGAUUACGCCGCCAAGGAAUCACUGCUGGCCAUCAACGAUCCAGAUCGGCGCUACCUGAAUGUCAAGUAUGAGUUUGCCUGGGAGCGGCAUGGCAUCUAUGUGCUCAAAGAGGAGCGGGUGCAGAUGAACUGCACUGUGCACUAUCUUUCGGGUAGAUCCAGAACCAUACCCCUUUUUGCCGAUGAGGAAAGCACGAAGGCCGAAGACAAUAAUACCCUAAGCCAUUUGAUCGAAAAAAUGGGGCUGCGGCAGUGUGUGGCCUGUCAUAAUUGGACAGACGUGUCCUGCAAGGACUGCAGUAUGCCUUUUUGCAACGAGGAAUGUUUUGAUGAUGUGAACAAGGCGCACAAAGAGAGUUGCGGAACUGGCAAAGAACUCGACCUUGGUGAUAGCGUUGGAAGUAGACGCAAAUUCCCAAAGCCCCAAAUGCCACCGUCCGGAUCUAAGGUUAAGAUUACCGCAUUCCAACAGACAAAUGUCUGCUAUGUGCGCUCCACUGAGUAUCAUGAUGAAGUCGCCUACAUCAGAGUCCUUACUGAAAUAAUAAUGGAGGGCAAAGAGGCGGCAAGGCUCGAGAAUCUGCCGAAAUCUGGAGAGAUGGUUCUUGUUAAGUUUGAGACCGAAAUAACCCGUGCCAUGGUGCUCUAUGUUGACAAUCUAAACGACAUAUAUGUGGUGUGCAUCGAUUUUGGGAACGUUGAGGUCGUAAAGUUGGAAGACCUUUAUCAAUGUAGUCCCUAUCUCGCAGGCUUACCGUGUUAUACCAUUGCCGUGCAGUUACGUGGAGUUCCCAAGGCCUUUUUGAGCCCCAAUAUCAGGGAAGCGAUUUACGAGCUGAGUGGGACGAUGGUGUAUAAAUUGAAGUACUCAAAGCAGGAGUACGACUCUGUUAAGAACAUCCAGGUCGCUGUGCUGACCGAAGUCUAUAAGAACGGUAGCCUGAAUCGUUUGCUCAAGACUAUCAUGUCGCCGACGGUUCCUCCAUUGUCGGAUCCUGGAUUCAAAGAGGAUUAUCUUCCACAUAUAUCCUUGCCCACUGGCAAGAACAUUGAGUUGGUUGUGAUGGACAAUACUCUUCUAAAAUUCGGUCUUAUUUACUGCACGCUCAAGGAUCUGUCUUAUGAGGUCACCAAAAUACAAAGGGACAUGCAGGCAUAUGGCGAAAAGCCAAGCACAUGUUCAUUUUACGCUCCACCGAAAGAUGAACUUUGCGUAGCCAAAUACGAGGGCAAGUGGUGCCGGGGUCUUUCGAUGGAGCUGGUGGGCGAUGGAUAUCCCAGCAUUUUGUUCCUAGAUUACGGCAACAUUGUGCCCAUCCACGUGAGCGACAUACGUCCGUAUCCACCACAGUUUAGGUUCCCAGUGUUGACCACUGAACUCGAUUUGAUUGGUUCACCAGAAAACCCUACCGAUGAGCAGGUCAGGCGCCUAGAGCAGUAUCUGGUUGUGGGUUCAACCGUCAGCUGCAGCGAAAUAGUUUGGUGUCAAGAAUCCAACAACUAUUCAGUUCGCUUCGAUGAACUGCAAAAUAUUUUUAAUUUAAAAUAACUUUGUAAGGACAUACAUAACAUUCCAAAAUAAGAACUUCCAAAAACAGUUAUUAAUAUUGAAGUUAUGAAAUAAUUCUUUAAUUUCUUUGUUUAAGUUUUGACAUUUUCGUUAUUCCUGAAGUGAAAUAUAUUAUCAUGUUCAUAUUAAUAAAUCCUUAUUACACUUA